GUGGUCUCUUGUUCACAUGGUUUUGAGGCACGAUGAGUCACGCUGGCUCUUGGAAACUUUGGCUCUGGGUGGCAGCGCUCCUGCUUCCCGCUUCCACUUCCGUGACGGUCAGGGACAAGCCAGAUAAACAAUGUGCUAUACUGAGAACAGAGGGACAUCAGUUUUUCCACGACAACAGAGAUAAACUUGAAGUUUCAGGUUUUGAUCUAGGAGAGAGCUUUUCGUUGCGACGUGCAUUUUGUGAAGGUGAUAAAACCUGUUUCAAAUUGGGAAGUGCACUUCUUAUUAGAGAUACCAUUAAGCUGUUUCCCAAAGGCCUUCCCGAGGAGUUUGCCGUAGCUGCCAUGUUUCGUGUCCGAAGAAGCACCAAGAAGGAACGGUGGUUUCUAUGGCAGGUUUUAAGCCAGCAGAAUAUGCCACAGGUCUCCAUAGUAGUUGACGGUGGAAAGAAGGUGGUGGAACUCAUGUUCCGUGCUGCCGAGGGAGAAGUGCUGAACUACAUUUUUAAAAACCGGGAACUCCGUUCUUUGUUUGACCGUCAGUGGCAUAAACUUGGCGUGGGCGUGCAGCCCCGGGGCGUGGCGCUGUAUGUGGACUGUCGUUUAGUCGCAAGCAGGCACACUGACGACAGGGAAGCCGUGGACAGUCAGGGAAGGACCGUCAUCACCACACGGGCUGCAGACGGCAAGCCUGUGGACAUUGAACUUCACCAACUUAAAAUCUACUGUAACUCGAACCUCGUAGCUAAAGAAACUUGUUGCGAAAUAUCAAAUACCAAGUGCCCAGAGCAGGAUGGCACUGGAAGUACUGCAUCAUUGUCACUACCCUCUCAUGCCAGCAAAGUGCCUGCGUAUCUGCCAGCAAAGCAGGAACCUGAAGACCGGUGCCAGUGCAUUCCAAACAAGGGAGAAGCAGGAUUACCAGGAGCUCCAGGCCCACUUGGUCAGAAAGGAGAUAAAGGAGAACCGGGUGCAGUUGGUAUUAAAGGUGAAUUUGGUGCUCCUGGAAUUCCUGGGGAAAAGGGUGAAAACGGUUUACAUGGAGUUCCAGGCUUACCUGGUCAAAAGAUCCCCGAUUGA